CAAUCUUUUCACAUCUCCUUGUAGGUAUCUCAGUCAGCCAAACAGCCCAACGACUAGAACAGAAAGAAAGAAAGAGAGUUUAAGUCGAUCUUUUCACGAAGUCCAAGUCUUACCCAACCAACCAUCAAAAUGGUCGCGUCCGUUAAAGUCUUCAAGAAAACAUCCCCGAAUGCUAAACUGACCGUCUAUUUGGGUAAGCGCGACUUCGUUGAUCACGGCGACCAUGUCGACGCCAUCGAAGGUGUCGUCGUCGCUGACAACGACUACCUCAAGGGCCGCAAAGUAUUUUGCCAGGUAAUUGUCACCAUCCGAUACGGUCGCGAGCAGGAUGAAGUGAUGGGCUUGAAAUUCGUCAAGGAGCUGGUGCUCAUCAACGAGCAAGUGGUUCCGGCCCGUCGCUCCCAGGACAAGAAACCGUCCGCUCUCCAGGAUCGUCUGUUGAAGAAACUGGGAGCCCAGGCUCACGCCUUCUCCUUCUCGCUCCCGACAACUGCUCCGGCUUCCAUCGUCUUGCAGGAAGGCGGCCGAGAAAACGACGCCAUCCCGUUGGUCGGUGUAGAGUACGACUUCAUGACUUUCGUCGGUGAGAAUGCGGAUGAUCGCUCCCACAAGCGCUCGUCCGUCUCGAUGGCCAUCCGUAAGGUGCAAUACGCUCCGUUGACGCCCAGCUCCAAGCAGCCGAGCACGAUGGUGUCCAAGGGCUUCACUUUCUCUAGCGGCAAGUUGAACUUGCAGCUGACGCUCGACCGCGAGCUCUUCUACCACGGCGAGCAGAUCCGCUUCAACGUCAACGUCAAGAACGAGUCCAAGAAAACGGUCAAGGGCAUCUUGGUGGCCGUCGUCCAGAACGUCGAGAUCACCCUGAUUAAUGGCCACUACAACAAGCGCGUGGCCAGUCUGGAAACCCGCGAGGGCUGCCCCAUCACCCCGGGUACGUCCAUGUCCAAGACUUUCACCUUGACGCCCAUGAUCAACGGCAACAAGGAAGUCCGCGGCAUCGCCCUCGAUGGCCACCUCAAGGACGAUGAAGUCAAUUUGGCUUCGUCGACCAUCAUCGCCGAAUGCAACGAAGCCACCGGUUUCGUCGUCUCGUACGUGGCUCGUGUCAAACUCGAUCUCGGAUCCAUGGGCGGUGAAUUGGUGGCCGACGUUCCGUUCAAGCUGAUGCACCCAGCACCAGGCUCGGCUAUGUAUCAAGGCAAGGGCAAGCUGACCAAAGCUGAUAGCCAACAGGGUCGCUACGAGUCCAACUACGCUCGCGAAGAUGAGGACGAGAACAUUGUCUUCGAGGACUUUGCCCGUCUUCGUUCCACUUAAGCAGUGACAAGAGAAGCAGCCCAGCAGGAACGACAACGGAUGAGCCCUCAAGAAAAGACAAUUAAUCUCUCUACCUAGCUUAUAAUACUUUUACUCCCCCCCACCAACCCACUUAUGACGUCACUCGAUUCAUCCCUACAGCGGAAUUAUCGAGUUCAGUUAUAUUUGGCGUCUUUUAUUCUAUCUCUCUUUCUCUCUCUAUUUCUCUCUCUUCUCUUCACUAUAUAAAGAAAAUCAAGGAGAAAAUGUAUAACCAACUGAGGGCCAACCACCAUCCAUUGUCCGACUCCAUUUACAUUAUACCAUGUAAUCUCAAUGUAAACAAAAAAAAAUUAAUACGGAACUGGAAAGUAUACGAUCAAUAAAUAAUUGGAAAACCUAAAAAAA